UGCUUUCAUUUGUGUAUACGACCCGGGGUUAUUGGGGAGCUUGAUUCCCUGUGCGUCCCCGCUAACCGCACCAUAAAUUUCCGUUUCUGACGUCUAAGAUUGGACCGGUGCAUAGAAUUAGGGAAAGCAGCGAAGAUCUAUCUUGUAUUUCUAACUGGACAUCUCUCGGAGUAUUUGCAAGUGCCAGCCAAUACUUGCCUUUUAUAACGUGCUAUGAAGAGGCCCAGUCCAAUGCAUUAGAGCGGUCGUGGCGGAGAUGGAGGGGCCGUUGUCCUCUUGCAAAUGGUUGUGACGAGACGCCAAUCAACUCCAGUCCUGUAGCAACUUGACCAACACUCACUUUCAUGUAACGUUAGAACGCUAACAGUUCACAUCUCUUCCAAUGAGCCGCCUAAUGUGUUUAUAAUACAUCUCAAUAGUAUUGAACUUAUUCGGAAACCCUCCAUUUUCAUAGCGUUCUAACAACACCCAAUCUCUUACCUAUCUCUAAAAUGUACAAUCCCAAAGUUGGCGACCCAGUCCAAAGCCUGGACACGCCGUCCAUGAUUGUGGACUUGGAUUUGAUGGAGUCCAACAUCACGAAGCUGACAUCCAAGCUGCUGCCGACGGGUGUUGACAUACGGCCCCACCUCAAGACGACCAAGAGCGCAAUCCUGGCGCGGAAGCUGGCGGCGGCCGGCUGCAAGGGCGGCUGCGUGGCCAAGCUGAGCGAGGCCGAGGUCAUCGCCGGCGCCGGGUUCGACGACCUGCUCAUCACGUGUGAGAUCGUCGGCCCGGCCAAAGUCAGGCGGCUCGUCGACCUGUACCGCAAGCACGGCCAGAAGAUCCGCAUCGUGGUCGACAGCGUGGCCGGGGCGGGCGCCAUCAACGCCGCGCUCGCAGCUUCGGGCAUCGCGGAGCCCAUCCACGUUCUCAUCGACCUCGAUGUCGGCCUGCAUCGCACGGGCGUGGAGCCCGGCGAGCCGGCGCUGGCGCUGGCACGGCAUGUGCGAUCCCACCUCAAACACCUGCGGAUCAUCGGCGUGCAGGGCUACGAGGGCCACCUGCAGCACCUGCACUCGCGAGAGGAGCGGGAGCGGGAGUGCCUGGCGUCGAUGCGCCUGCUGACGGAGACGGCGGAGCUACUCAGGGGCGACGGGUUCGAGGUGCGGGUGGUGACGACGGGGGGCACGGGGACGGCCGAGUUCUGCGCGUCGGUGCGGGGCGUGACCGAGGUACAGCCGGGCUCUUUUAUUUUCAUGGAUACGGACUACCGGAACGCCGUAGGGUCCUUCUACUCGAGUAGUCUGACUAUACUCUCUACGGUCGUCAGCCGCCAGGGCCCGCGUGCUGUCACCAUUGAUGCUGGCCUCAAGUCACUGACGACGGACAGCGGGCUUGCUGAGUGCAGAGACCCACGGUAUGCGUAUGAUGUUCUUGGUGACGAGCAUGGAACGCUGAUGUGGAAGGAUGAUAAUGGGACGCCAGCUCUCGAUGUGGGGGAUGUAGUUGAGAUGAUCCCGAGCCAUAUCGACCCCACUGUCAACCUGCACGACUUUUACUAUGCGCACAGAAACGGUGUCGUCGAGGAGAUUUGGCCGGUCGAUUCGAGGGGGAAAGUUCAGUAGUGGCGGCAGCUUGAUAUGGAAACUCUCACGACUUUCGGCGAAUUGGUUUAGCGAACUCGUUCUUAGAUGCAGUUAUAAGAAUGUUGUUGCUUGAUACUCUAGUUUCUCGAAGUCAGACUAUCAAUAAGUCCUAUAGAUCUAGUGCUGUGAAGAAUGCACUCUAAUGUCUUUGCCAGAGUAGGGACUCACACUAAUCCUUCAAUAGUUAUGCCAACGUUCGCGGCGUCAAGCUUCGAUGUAACAUUAUCCUCCUUACUUCCCC